GGGGGGGGGGGGUAAUCUGUAUGUUGGCAUGUGGAGGGUCUUCAUCGCACCAGAUCGGACUUGAAAGCAGGCCUGCUCGAGCCAGAAUCAGAGCAGACAGGAGCAAUGUCUUCUGAAGUCGUUGACAGUUGACCCGUGUCCAAGGACCACGCGUCGGUAUUUGUCACUGGCUCGACUGUGUACUGUAUGCGUCCUCCCAAGGUUAUGACCGAGCUGCUGUAUAAAGAGCAAAUCAGGCGGCUUAUAUUUAGCCUCGCAAAUGACGCUCUGUGGAUUAUGUCUUGUGGCUCUCCGGUUUCGUCUUCAGCGACUCUGCCAAACAUGACAGAGGUUGCGGUCCAAGCUAUUCAGGUGAGGCUCAGUGUCAUGUUCUUCCGCACCAGACAUUUUUUUUUGGCUCCCCGCUAAGCACACAAAUCCGCGAAAAUAAUUGCAGUCCUCCAUCGUCUUCCUCCGGGAGUGAAAGGCUACUCACGCAGCACUCGCGCCAGACUCACAGAUCAGUAGCGCCGGAGGUUGUUCCACCGGCCGACUUUUGGGAAUCAUGGAUGUCCUCGCUUUAGAGGCAAAGAAUGUGAACGGUUCAGAGUCCGAGAAGAAGUCUUCAUCCAGACCCAGACCCAAACCCAAACCACCCAAAAAGCCCAAAAGGAUUGUUUACUUUGAAGUGGAGAUUAUAGAUGUGAAGACUAAAGAGAAACUGCUCCUGUUGGACAAGGUGGAACCGACUUCCACCAUUUUGGAUAUUAAAGCUUUGUUUCACAAAUCAUAUCCCAAGUGGUACCCGGCGAGACAAUCUCUGCGCUUGGAUCCGAAAACAAAGUGUCUCCGGGAUGAGGAAGUCCUUCAAACACUUCCUGUGGGAACCACGGCCAGCUUCUACUUCAGUGACCUUGGACCACAACUAACAUGGGGGACUGUGUUCCUUGCAGAGUGCGUGGGUCCGCUGGUCAUCUAUUUAAUGUUCUACUUCCGCCUCCCUUUCAUCUAUGCUCCAAAACACGAUUUCACCGCCAGCGAGAACUGGGUCGUACAUUCUGCUUGCCUCUGUCACUCUUCGCAUUACAUCAAGAGGAUUCUGGAGACGAUGUUUGUUCACCGCAUCUCGCACGGGACCAUGCCCCUCCGGAAUAUAUUUAAGAAUUGUGGAUUUUACUGGUGCGCCGCAGCCUGGAUGGCGUAUUACAUCAACCACCCGCUCUACACGCCACCACUUUACGGGCAGCAGCAGGUGAAUCUUGGACUUUAUAUUUUCUUGUUUUGCCAAGUUGGGAAUUUUUCGAUCCACGUGGCCCUUCGUAACCUCAAGCAGCCAGGUUCAAAAGUUAAGAAGUUUCCUUACCCGACAAAAAAUCCCUUCACAUGGAUUUUCUGGCUGGUGUCUUGUCCAAACUACACUUAUGAGGUGGGCUCGUGGCUGGGCUUCAGCGUGAUGACGCAGUGCCUGCCCGUGGCGCUCUUCACGCUGGCCGCUUUUGUGCAGAUGAGCGUGUGGGCCCGAGGCAAACACCGAGCCUACUUGAAGGAGUUCAAGGACUAUCCCACCCUACGCUCCCCCAUACUGCCUUUCAUCCUUUAGAACACCACAUGGAUGUUGGGGGCGGGGGAAUCUCCCCCCCCCCCCCUAUCAGGGGCCAUUUUUUUUGUACAUGUGCUCCC